CCAUGCAAGAAAGCAUACAUUUUGCUUCAUCAGGGGAUGACGUUAAGAUAUGGGAUUCUUCAUCUCUGACUGUGGUGGAGCAGUUCAACCCACAUACACCCCCACACCCUGUCAGCUCACUGUGUUGGGCCAGCAAUAAUAGAUACCUGGCCACUGCUUCUGCUGCUGGUGAUAAAAUAGUUGUUUCAAGCUGUAAAAGCAAACCUGUUCCACUCUUUGAAAUAGCUGAAGGAGCAAAACAAACAUGUGUGAGCUUGAAUUCUAGUUCUUCCUGUAUUGUGAGUGGAGGCCUUGAUAACACUGUUAAUAUCUGGGAUCUGAAAUCCAGAAAGCUUUACCGGAGCCUUAAGGAUCAUAAAGAUGAAGUCACAUCUGUUACAUAUAAUUGGAAUGAUUGCUACAUUGCUUCUGGAUCUUUGAGUGGUGAAAUUAUCCUACACAGUGUUACCACCAAUUUAUCAAGUACUCCCUUUGGUUAUGGCAGCCGUCAGCCUGUUCGACACUUGAAAUAUUCAUCCUUUAAGAAAUCCUUGCUGGGUAGUGUUUCUGACAGUGGAAAUGUAACACUGUGGGAUGUAAAUAACCAGAAGCCGUAUCAUAAUUUUGAAAAUACUCAUAAAGCACCCGCUUCGGAAAUUUGCUUUUCUCCAGUCAAUAAGCUGCUGCUUGUAACUGUAGGUUUGGAUAAAAGAAUUAUUCUCUAUGACACUUCAAGUAAAAAAUUACUGACAACAAUAGUAGCUGAUUUUCCUCUGACAACAGUAGACUUCAUGCCUGAUGGUACUACUUUGGCUAUAGGAUGUUCCCGGGGAAAAAUCUGCCAGUAUGACUUAAGACAACUGACAUCACCAGUGAAAACAGUUAUUGCUCACAAAGGCUGUGUGAAGUGCAUACGUGUUCAGUACAGUAGCACUUUUUCCAAGUCUAACCUUACGGGUUCUUCAAAUAAACCUGUAUCCAAAAGAGCAGAAGUCAAAGCUGGUAGUAAUCUUGGAGGAACUCAAAAUAUUGGUAUCAAAAAUGUUCCCUCUCAGGCGUCAGCAACAGUUUCAUCCCAUCUGACAUUGCCAAAUGACAAUAAGGGGGGAGAGGUUCUUCAGGAGAAAACAGGCUUUCCCCAUAGUUGCAGUUUGGAUGUGAUUCCGUCUAAAGAAACAGAUCAUGGGAAAAGUGCUGAUUUAAAUAAUUUUGAUUUGGGUCGAGGUAGUUUAGGAGACGUGUUUUCUCCAGUCAGAGACGAUAUUAUUGCAAGUAAAGCAAAUGAAGAUUCUCAAGGAAAAGGAGAUGGUCUGGAUUUUCAGUCAUACCUUUUGGGUUUGGAUUUUCUCUCACAGCUCACCACUGCUCUUCCAGUAAAAAGAAGCCCAGUGGGCAGUAGUGCACAAGGGAUACGGGCUAGCCCAUUACAUGCACUCGUGGGAUCUCCAGUUAAAGAAGAGGAAGAGCAUACAGAGACUGACACUAAGAAAAUAAAUCUUGGAAAACAAGAAUCUAAAGAAGUCUUAAAGGAGCUUUCAAAAUCGAGUUCAUCAAGUGCAGAAUCUGUAACUUUAAGUCCUCCUACAUCAUCUACUGCUGUAAAGUCUCCUGAUACAAAUGAGAGGCUCGUGAAAAAUACUCAGGCCCAUCCUGCAUAUGAUCUACCAGUAAAUGGUACUACCUCAACAAGUCCAAAGAUAACAUCACCUGUCACCGCUGGAGUUGCUAGUUCAUUGUCAGAAAAAAUAGCAGAAACCAUUGGGAGUAGCAGACCAAAUGCACCUCUGACAUCAAUCCAAAUAAACUUCAUUCAGAGUAUGAUACAAGAAACAAUGGAUGACUUCAGAGAAGCAUGUCAUCGAGAUAUCGUGAAUUUGCAAGUGGAGAUGAUCAAGCAGUUCCAUAUGCAGUUGAAUGAAAUGCAUGCUUUACUUGAACGAUAUUCUGUAAAUGAAAGCUUAGUAGCUGAAAUUGAGAGACUACGAGAGGAAAACAAAAGACUGAAGACUCACUUCUGAAAGAUUUACACUGCUAAUUUUAUUAGCAUGAACUC